GCUGUGUGCAGUGGGAGCGAGUGCUCUGCAGCUGAAGUCAGAUAACGAGCUUCAAAAACCAGGUCGGCUGCGAGUUAUGUUGCAACACGUAUGAAUCACAUGACGUAUGGCAGUAAAACUUUCCAUACCAAAUUGCACAAUUCUAAACAUGAUGGAAUAUUAUUCAAUCUCAUCAAACACAUGAACACAUCAUACAUAACAAUACCCCAUGAUUGAUGGUCGAAACAACACAGGAUAUUUGAGGGAGAAGAGAACCUAGAACAGGUGGAAGGAGUUAUGAAAGUGGACCCAUCUCUCCAAAUCGCAAAUCUCCCACCUAUCGCACACAGUUUCUUUCCAUAGGGGUGUUUUUGUCAUGAGAUCACGCACAUUUUACCUGUUAUUUGCUGUCAUAAACUUUUCUAUAAUUUGUUUUGUCCUCUUGAUACCCUCCUCCUCUAAACCUACAACGGAUUCCUCUGCGGGGAAGCAGGUCCACAUACUCAUCAUCUCCUCUUGGCGCUCUGGUUCUUCAUUCCUUGGAAGCAUCUUCAACAAUCACCCGGAGGUAUUCUACACCUUUGAGCCAGGACACCCCGUCUGGAUGAAACUAUUGUAUGAGAGUGCUGAGCUUCUCCAUUACCCUGUCAGAGACCUUAUACAUUCCUUAUUCAAGUGUGAUGUUUCUCCUCUUUAUUCCUACCUUCAACAAGGAGGAAAGCAACUUUCUGAGUUCAUGUUCUUUUAUGAGAGUCGAGCUCUCUGUAUGCAUCCAACCUGCCAGUCCUCUAAUACAUCAGCCAGUUACAACCGUCUUCAUUGUUUUAACACAUGUGGAGGAAAAUCCCUGGUAACCAUUGAAGAGACUUGUAGGAACCAUAGCCAUAUAGCAAUGAAAACAGUUCGCAUAUUUGACCUUAAAGUUCUCAUCCCACUCCUCCAAGACCCUAAGCUUGACCUGAGAAUAAUCCACCUAGUUCGAGAUCCACGAGCUGUUUCUUCAUCGAGAAAAUACUUCGACCUUUCUAUUGAUGACAAGAUUGUGUGUAGAGAUGCCUUAAGUAAUGGAAAACAAAAUAACAAAACACCAAAUAUUACUGAAAUCAUGGGCACGAUCUGCAAAUCACAGGUUGCCAUACAUAAAGUGGGCAGAGAUGUCAAAUAUUUCCUACCAGAGAAUUACAUGUUAGUUCGCCAUGAAGAUUUGGCAUUGGAUCCCUUGUCUAACGUCAAUAAAUUGUAUUCUUUUAGUGGCUUGGGUAUGAUACCAGAGCUUAAACAUUGGGUGUAUAAUGUAACUCACAAAGAUAGUUCCUCGGAGCCUGAUGGGCUCAUGUCAUAUUCCAGACAAUCCUUAAAAGUCACUCAGAAUUGGAAGAGGAAAUUGAACUUCAAAAUCAUAAAGGAAAUCCAGGAAGUUUGCAGAGAGGCAAUGGAGCUGUUUGAGUACCAACCUUUAGAGUCAGAAUCUGAUCUUAGAAAGUCAAUUGGGUGGGAGUGGAAUUAAUACAACAAAUAAAGAGUUAAUGGUAAACGUAACUCUCUUUCCAUCAGUAAGUACUAGUUUGCCUAUAACAAACAUUUAGUAUAAAAGGAAUACUCCAGUAUUAUAAAUAGAUACCUAUAUUUGUGUGUUUAAAACUCCAUUUAGAUUCAUGCAGCAGCCCUUAGUACCGUAAUAAAUUAGGUUACUUACAUCAAACCCAAUGUCAAGAGGGCUCCUUGCCGAAGCUCCACUGCGCCUCUGGGAAGCAUUGGUAGGCAAAACCUUUGUGUGGCAAUCGCCUGCUCCUGCAUUGCUUCUGUAGAGAAACAUUGAAACCGAUGCUGCUACAAAAGUCCUUACAUUGACUUUGAGCGACAGCAAAAAUCAAUGACAGUCAGUAGGGUGCAAUCAAAGAGCCUUAGAAAAAUACCAGCCUUGCAUACAAGCCUACAGAACCUUUAUUACGCAUAGUUACAUAUCUAUAGCGCCUUCAAUAAAGGGUAGGUGCACUGACAGACUAUAACUUCGUGUUUGUCUUUGAAAACUCUUCUGAUCGAGUUUUGGAAGGAAGCUAUGAAGGAAUAUUUAUACAGGCCACACCAGAUACAGAGGUUCAAACUUAGUUAUUGUGUGUACGUGUUUGGUUUUUUAUUACAUGAUGUUUACAAUAUUUAUUAUGUGAUUUUUUUUUAUUUUCCUUUGUUGAAAUUAUAGUGUCCAUGUUCCCUUUGUUUCACUAAUGAUAUCUGAACAUCUAUAGGGUUAGUUACUAAAAUGUGAAUUAUCGGGAAUUUAGGUUGAAGCUUAGCUCAAACCUAGUUGUGUAGUCGGACUAGAAUCCCCAAUAUUAUCUGGUUACUAUAGGCUGGCAGUUAAUUCAAGGAGAUGUUGGCCAGCAAAACUGGAACAAUUUUUAGUAUAAAUCUUGGCCUAUGUAUCUCUGAUUAAGAACAGAAGAAAGAAGUGGGUUGUCCCAACUAAAUAGAAAUCUGUGUGGCUGUAAACUUCAAAACUCCACUGCCUGAUAGGUACAAGAAGGUGUAACUUUGUUUUAUAAGCAAAUAUCUGAUGUAAUGUCUGAAUCAGAUAAACUCAUCACAUGAGUAUGCUCUUGAUAGCCCUUGUUUUCACAUUGCAAGUGUGUUGUUUGUAUGACUGAAUGCGUUUGAGGCAGGGUUAAAAGAGGAAGUGUUAAUUGUUUUACUAUACUGUUCAAUAAACUAUUUAUUCAUCAGCAUGUCACGUUAAAAAGCAAUCAACUUGUAAUGUAUUUAUAAUACGUAAACUGAUAUACAAGGUCUUGAAAAAAAAAUGAAAAAAUUUGUCAAAUAAACUGC